UGUAAGCUGCAGGGUAUGGCUCAUCCACCUGCCUUCUCAAUGGAUGGGGACUAUGUGGUUGGGGGGGUUUUCUCCAUUCACUACUACAUGAACACAGUGAGAUAUAACUACACCACAAUGCCUGAGCCUCUGAGGUGCACGGGGAGCAUCGACUCCCAUGUGCUGCGCUUCUCACGUGCCAUGAUCUUUGCCAUUGAGGAGAUCAACAACAGCUCGAACCUGCUGCCGGGCGUCAAGCUCGGUUACCACAUCUACGACUCGUGCGCCUCAGUGCAGAUGGCGGUGCGUCUGGCCUUCCAGCUCUCCAACGGUCAGGAUCCGGAGUUCAGCCUCGGUAACGACCACAACUGCUCCCAGUCCGGAAUGGUGAUGGCCAUCGUUGGUGAGUCCGGCUCCACGCCAUCCAUCAGCAUGUCGCGCGUCCUUGGGCCCUUUAACAUCCCUCAAGUGAGCCACUUUGCCACGUGCGCCUGCCUCUCCAACAAGAAGCAGUACCCGAGUUUCUUCAGGACGAUCCCCAGUGACAAGUAUCAGGCCGACGCGCUGGCCAAACUGGUCAAACACUUCGGCUGGACGUGGAUCGGUGCUGUGCGUUCGGAUUCAGACUAUGGCAACAAUGGCAUGGCGUCUUUCCUGGACGCAGCGCACAGAGAGGGCAUCUGCGUGGAGUACUCUGAGUCUUUCUACCGCAACAACCCGCGCAGCAAGAUCCAGAGAGUGGCUGAAGUGAUCCGCAGGUCGACAGCCACAGUUAUUGUGGCCUUCGUAGCCUCUGGAGACAUGAGGAUCCUGUUGGAGGAGCUGUCCCGAGAGCCUUCUCCUCCUCGUCAGUGGUUAGGAAGCGAGGGCUGGGUGACUGACUCACAGCUGCUGAGGUUCUCCCUCUGUGCCGGGGCCAUCGGAAUUGGCAUCCAGCAAGCUGUCAUCCCCGGCCUGAGGGACUUCCUGCUGGAUCUGCCCCCCACCAAAGUGUCUGCGUCCCCGGUGCUGACUGAGUUCUGGGAGAGUGAAUUUGACUGCAGGCUGGACCAGAGUGCAGCCACAGGAGAGAGUCUAUGUGAUGGAACUGAAGACAUACAGACGCUCCAGAGCCCGUACACCGACACAUCUCAGCUCCGCAUCACUAACAUGGUGUACAAGGCUGUUUAUGCAAUAGCUCUUGCCAUUCAUAACGCAGUGUGUCAGAAAACGAACUCUAAAAGAGCGUGUGACAAACUCACCAGGAUAGAGUACAAACAGGUUCUUGAUGAGCUGAAGAAAGUCAGUUUUUCCAAAAACGGUUAUGAUGUGUCGUUUGAUGCCAAUGGAGACCCGGUGGCCACAUAUGAGCUGGUCAGCUGGCAAAGAAGAGCGAGUGGCAGCAUUGAGUUGGUGACAGUCGGGCACUACAAUGCGUCGCUGCCGGUCGGCCAGGAAUUCCACAUCAUCAGGAACUUCACGUGGAUGGAGGGUGGCACACAGGUGCCUGCUUCAGUGUGCACGGACAGCUGCCCUGCAGGAACUCGUAAAGUGCUGCAGAGAGGGAAACCCAUCUGCUGCUAUGACUGUGUACCAUGUCCUGAGGGAGAGAUAAGCAAUGCUACAGAUUCUCCUGAUUGCUUCCCCUGCUCUGACGAGUUCUGGCCCAACCCAGAGAGAAACACGUGUCUCCCUAAGCCUGUAGAGUUUCUCUCCAUCCAUGAGGUCCUGGGAAUCAUCCUGGCUGCGUUCUCUGUUGGCGGCGCGUUUCUAACCAUCAUAACAGCGGCCGUCUUCUUUUGUCACAGGACGUCUCCGAUCGUCCGGGCGAACAACUCUGAGCUGAGCUUCCUGCUGCUGUUCUCGCUGACUUUGUGUUUCUUAUGUUCACUAACUUUCAUGGGAGCGCCCUCUGAGUGGUCCUGCAUGCUACGACACACUGCGUUCGGCAUCACCUUCGUCCUUUGCAUAUCUUGUGUUCUUGUGAAAACUAUAGUGGUGUUAAUGGCCUUUAAAGCAACACUUCCAGGUCGCAACAUCAUGAAAUGGUUUGGCCCUCCGCAGCAAAGAAUGACUGUUGUGUCUUUCACGUUUAUUCAAGUUCUAAUAUGUAUCAUUUGGUUGGUUGUCAGUCCCCCUUUUCCAAUGAAAAACCUGACCACAUACAAGGAGAGAAUCAUCCUGGAGUGUGCGUUGGGUUCAGCCAUUGGGUUCUGGGCUGUGCUCGGGUACAUAGGCCUGUUGGCCUUCUUUUGCUUCGUGUUAGCCGUCCUAGCUCGGAAGCUCCCUGAUAAUUUUAAUGAGGCAAAGCUAAUAACGUUCAGCAUGUUGAUAUUCUGUACCGUCUGGAUCACUUUUAUUCCAGCUUACGUCAGCUCUCCUGGUAAAUUCACUGUGGCUGUGGAGAUAUUUGCCAUCCUGGCCUCCAGCUUUGGAUUAAUUCUGUGCAUAUUUGCUCCAAAGUGUUACAUCAUAUUGUUUAAUCCCGAAAAGAACACCAAGAAACAUUUGAUGAACAAGAAUGAAUCCUAG